AGCAUUGAGCACACAAGCAAAGCGGCUUGGAUACAUCCAACAUCCUCACCGGCAACGUGUGCGCGUGUGUCUGCGUGUGUGUGUGUGUGCGCUGCAGGACAUUUCCACACGUCUCACCUGUCCCACUCGACGUGUCCAUCCAGCAGUUGUUGUGCGAGUGAUGAAGAUGUCACGUCUGGGAGGAGCGCUCGCCUUCGUGCUGCUCAACAUGGCCACCCUCGCUCUCGCCAGGCCCAAAGCAGGUCUGGAGCCGAAGUGCAAGUCCGGCCCGGUGGACCUGGUCUUCCUCAUCGACAGUUCCCGCAGCGUCCGCCCGCAUGAGUUUGAGACCAUGAGGAAGUUUAUGAUUAACAUCCUGGACACUCUGGACAUCGGCCCAAACGCCACCAGAGUGGGAGUGGUCCAGUACUCCAGUCAGGUCCGCAGUGAGUUCUCCUUGAACACGCACAGCACGCUGGCCAACAUGGUGGACGCCAUCAAUGGCAUCGUCCCGCUCGCCCAGGGCACCAUGACAGGCCUCGCCAUCCGUUAUGUCAUGAACCACGCCUUCAGCAUGCAGGAGGGCGACAGACCGAAGGUCACCAACGUGGCAGUCAUUGUGACGGAUGGCCGUCCCCAGGACCGCGUGGCCGAGGUGGCGGCGGAGGCCAGAGAGAAAGGCAUCGAGAUCUAUGCUGUGGGCGUCGCCAGAGCCGACAUGGCCUCUCUGCGGGCGAUGGCGUCACCGCCCUUCGAGGACCACGUCUUCCUGGUGGAGUCCUUUGACCUCAUCCAUCAGUUUGGACUCCAGUUCCAGGAUAAACUGUGUGGUCUGGAUCUCUGCGUGGAGUCGGAACACGGCUGCGAGCACAUCUGUGAAAGCUCUCCUGGUUCCUAUCACUGCCUCUGCCUGCCUGGACACACACUCAAUCAUGAUGGAAAGACGUGCACAGCUAUUGACCUGUGUGCUGAGGGCAAACACAACUGUGAGCAGAUCUGCGUCAGCUCACCCGGCGUCUUCACAUGCGACUGUAACGAAGGCUUUACACUCAACGACGACAAGAAAACGUGCACAAGUAGGUCUCACUGGUGCACAAACACACACACACACACACACACACACACUUUCACUUCUCACCAAAGUAUUGUCAGUUCGUGUUGUUAUUGUCAGUGCGUAUGUAUCAUUCACAAUGAGUUUAUUGUUAACACUUGGGUGGCCACAGUGAUGAACUACUGCUCGUUUGGGAAUCACACGUGUGAUCACGAGUGUGUGAGUGUGCUCAAAGGCUUCCAGUGUCGCUGCAAUGAUGGCUACAAGUUGCUGGACGACGGCAGGAGCUGCCGGGGCAGGGACCUGUGCGCUGAGGGCAAACAUGACUGUGAGCAGAUCUGCGUCAGCUCGCCCGGCGUCUUCACGUGCGACUGUAACGAAGGCUUCACGCUCAACCAGGACAAGAAGACGUGCACGCCCAUUGACCUGUGCGUUGAGGGCAAACACGACUGUGAGCAGAUCUGCGUGAGCGCGCCCGGUGUCUUCACGUGUGACUGUAACAAAGGCUUCACGCUCAACAAGGACAAGAAGACAUGCACACACCUGGACCUGUGCAACACGCUGGACCACGGAUGCGAGCACCGGUGUGUCAGCACUCCAGGGUCGUACUACUGCAUGUGUCCUGAGGGUCAGCUUCUGCAGGAGGACGGGAAGAGCUGUGGCACCUGUAAGACAGCCAACAUCGACCUGGUUCUUCUGAUCGAUGGAUCCAAGAGUGUUCGCCCUCAGAACUUUGAGCUUGUGAAGAAGUUUGUCAACCAGGUCGUGGACACUCUGGACGUGUCCGCUCAUGGUACCAGGGUGGGUUUGGUCCAGUAUUCCAGUCGCGUCAGGACCGAGUUCCCCCUCAACAUGUACCAUACAGCUGAUGAGAUCAAGGCUGCCGUCAUGAAGAUCGAAUACAUGGAGAAAGGGACCAUGACGGGCCUGGCGCUGAAACACAUGCUGGAGAACAGCUUCUCUGAGGUGGAGGGUGCUCGUCCUUCUGCCCGCAACAUUCCUCGAAUCGGACUAGUCUUCACGGAUGGACGCUCCCAGGAUGACAUCACAGAAUACGCCAAGAAGGCCAAAGAAGCCGGAAUCACCAUGUAUGCUGUGGGCGUGGGCAAAGCCGUGGAGGACGAGCUUCGGGAAAUCGCCUCAGAACCCGUGGAGAAACAUUUCUACUACACCACCGACUUCAGCGCCAUCAGCACCAUCGCAGAGAACCUCAAACUCAACGUGUGUCCAGAGGAGAGUCAGGGCGAGAUUGAGGUGAAGGACCCGUGUGCCUGCGAGAGUCUGGUGGAGUUUCAGCAGGCCACCAUGAGCAGCCUGGAGCAGCUCACGCAAAAACAUAUCCUUUUCUCACUCCUUUCUUUCUUGUCUUCUUUGCUUCCCAUGAAAACACACAGCACAUCUGUUAUUCUCCAGUAGGCGCAUCAAAGUAGCGCCCAAGAGCUUCCACAGGACAACCACUCGUCUGGGAAGACUUGUGGAAUCUUUGUCCAUUUCUGAGCUCACAUACUGCAUGUUGGACCUGAAAAAGGCAUCCAAAAUGUUUGCUAAGUUGAAGAGUGCUAACUCAGGACUCCAGUCCAAGUCCAUAAUCCUCCUCGACCACACACGGAACAGUUGUUCAAAUGCAAUCAGGCAGAUAAAGUUCUCCUGGAAUGUUCCAAAUCCAGACCGACCAACUGAGGUCUACAUUGUGGUCAGUCCAGUAGCGGGCACUUCAGGGGCGCCAUAUAGGGGGGAAAGUUAGGACAAUUCCAAAAAAUAGUGAUGUGGUGACAAAAGCUGCCCGUGGACGCUCAAUCUGAUUUUUCUUUUUAUGAGGCCCAAAAUUCCUGGCUGCCAGAAAUCCUGGGGGGCGGCUUACAUGCAAAACAUGACCAACUUUGCAGUAAUUCCACUUAGACCUGCUGUGGAAACAUUUAUGAGGAAAAAAGCAGCCUUCAAAUUCCACAACAGGGGUGUCCAAAGUGUGGCCAGGGGGCCAUUUGCAGCCAAUGGCAGUUAUAUUUUUUUAUAGUUAUUCUAUUUAUUUUUUAUUUAGUGCGAAACAUUCUAAAAAUAUAAUUCAACAAGAAAAAGAAAAACAGCAAAAAAAAAAAAUGUCACCUGUAAUUUUACAAGAAUAAAGUAAAAAUAUGAAGACAAAAAAGUUGUAAUCUAAUGAGGAAAAGUUGCAAUUUUAGAAGAAUAACAUGAUAUUAUGAGGAAAAAUAAUGUAAUUUUAGUCGCAUAAAGUUGAAAUAUUAAAGAAAAAAGAAAUUUUAUGAGAAACAAACAACACAACGACUAAAGUUGUUAUUUUUGGAAAAUUAGGUUGCGGAAAAAGUUAUGAGAAUAAAGUCAAAAUAGAAUGGGAAUAAAGUCAGAGUUACAAGAAGAAAAUUUACAAGAACAAAGUUGAAAUUGUUGGAAAAUGUAAAAAAAAAAAAAAACAGCAGAAAUACAAAAAAACACCAGCUGUAACGUUACAAGAAUAAAGUCAAAAUAUAAAGACAAAAAAGUUGUAUUGUAACGGGAGAAAAAAGUUGACAUUUACGAGAAUAAAUUCCAAAUACAGUCAAACUUGUCUAUAGCGGCCACUAGAGGGAGUCUGCAAAAGUGGCCGCUAUAGACAGGUGGCCUCUAUAGACAGGUUGGCGACCAGUUUGAAUGUUGACCAGUAUUUGUAUUUGUACUUUAUUUGUACUUUAUUUAUCCCACAGCGGGGAAAUUCAUCGUAGAGGGAAAAAAAAGGGGAAAAAAUAAUAAUAAUGUUGACCAGUAGAGGGCACUGCGGACUGCGAAUAAAAGUUGUACAGCGCUACUAGGCUUGUUAUUAUCAUGGUUCAUGGUUCAUGGUUCUAAUUCUGAACAUGCAUGAGUCAAACAGUAGCACAUCACAUAGUACAAUUCACAAUUUUGCAUGUCCAAAAAGGAGUAGGAAGAAGCAAAGCUUAUUUAAUCCUACCCCUCAUCAGUUUCACAUUAGUUGCAAUACAUUUAUUCACCUCUUGUUCUUCCAAGUGUACUUUGUAGGUCUACAUGGCAAUGUAGUGCAAUCAUAGCCAAGGUUUUUACUUACUAAAAGGAAGCUAGAGGCUUAAUAAUAACUGAUAGAAUAUAUCCACGCCCCACAGAACAAAGCUGUGCUAGUAAUGUCUUACGCUUGUUUUUAAUAUUUUACUUUUUAUACGGCAGAGUGUCAUUACAGCUUUAGUUCAUCAGGAAGUGACGGGAAGUGACGGUGGGCGUCCCGAGCAGGAGAGCUAGGCUCAGUGCUAGCUGUGAGUUUGUAGAGAGUUGGAAAGUGUGUUUAUGUUGGCGUGGAUGUAAAGUCCUGCAGUGUUCUCCGCUGUUAAUAAAGCCAUUAAAGUGCAUCGGCGACGUGAGUCUCUCCUUCCCCACAACAAGCGGCAUUACAGUAUUGACCAGUGCACACCAGGAAAUAAACGGUGUCAUUUCUUAAAGGCAUUGCCUGGACAGCUAUGUAGUGGGGCUUGUUUAACCUUUGCCUUGUGGGCAAGCAGGAAGGAGAGACGAUGCUGAGAGAUGUGUGAGUUCUGAGCUGCUGUCUGGUGGCCGCGUUCAAUAAACAAAGUUGGCAGAAGCAACAGGAGAAGUUUCCUUCUUUGCUUCGGAGCUGAAUAACACUGACAAGUUAACAGACUAGUAGCGAACGGAAAAGAAGACGGCUUUUUUUGUGUCGAAUACAGAAGAUGAGGACUUUGAUGGAUUUGUGGAUGAGGAUUGAUGAAAAAUAACGUGAGUACAUUCUAAAAUACUUCAAUUAAGUACAGCCCAACUCAGUUUUGCUCCCGCUGCCGCAUGCAUGCUAGCGUAUGUUUUUUUUUUUUAUUGUAGCGUCGCUGGGAGCACGUCCUGUUCCCAGCCUACUUUACGGUAAUGUUUUGGUGCAAAUGCUCUUAAAGUUACAUGUUUGACCAGGAAAUAGCAAGCUCAAAAGAAGACGGCUUUUUAUGUGGAACAACUGACAGUUUGUGUGGAUCUUGUGAAUGAUUGUGACUGAGCUAGGACUCAGUAAUUAAAGUCUACACACGACGGCUUCAUUGAUUGAAAAACCGAAACUUUUCGUGCAUGAAGCUUCUACUUGAGUUGGUAAUUUGGCCGCUAUAUGCGGUCAGAUAUUGACCAAUGGAGACAAAAUGGGUGGCCGCUGGCCGCGUUGGACAGGUGACUGCUAUACACAGGGUCUAUAACAUGUAAAUUUGCUGUGGGGGAUUUUUCAGUGGCUGCUAUAGGCAGGUGGCCCUUCUAUAAAGGUGGCCGCUAAGACAGGUUUGACUGUAUUAUGAGGAAAAAUAAUGUCAUUUUAGUCACAUAGAAAUGAAAUAUUAAAGAAAUGUUUUUAUUUUUUUUAAGUCGUACUAUGAUGAGAAACAUACAAUAAACAGACGUCAUUUUUGGAAAAUUAGCUUGGAGAAAAAUAUUAUGGGCAUAAAGUCCAAAUAUUAUGAAAAAAUAAAGUCAUAAUAUUACAAAAAGAAAAUACAAUUUAUGAAGAUUAUUUAACAAGUUGGAAUAUUUGGAAAAUGUAAAAAAAAAAAAAAAAACAGCAAAAAUGGGAAACAAAAAUGAGCAAAGAGCAAAGUUGAUACUAACUUUUUCACCUAUAUCAACAAGUUGAGAUGCAGUUUUUUUGUGGCCCUUACAUCCUUUCAUUUUUCACUAUGUGGCCCCCACUGGAAAAAAUUGGACACCCCUGUUCCAGAACAACCUUUUCUUUCCACGGUUUGCGUCCUGUGAUGAAGAAGCACGGCACAAUGCUUCUUUUAUCAAGUACAAAGCACGCCUCCUUAACGUGACCACUGACAGCAAUGAGCGGCCGUCUGGAGCAGCUGGAGAACCAGCUGCUGACCAGGAAGUGAUGCGGUCGUCAUGGCGACCCAGAGACGGAGCAGCAGAAGUCGAAGCAGGAAGACGCCACAUCCUUCAACGUGUGCAGAAGGCGAUUUUAGAAACGGGCUGCUGUGACACAGGCCACGCCCAUUUUAGUCCCGCCACGGCGCCAAGCAGCCGCCACAGAACGAACAGUACAAGUGUCAGGAGAUGACGUUUAGAUGACACCUCCUCCUCCGAUGUAUACUUUUGUAGCAGAAAGAGCAGUCUUAUUUUUACCACUCCGACAAUGAAAACUUUCUUUCGUCAUAAAAGGGAAGUCAGGAAUGAAGCUGUCUUCUUUGUGACUUUUCUAUGAAAAAACUUUCCAGUCUCAAAUGUAUUCCUUUUUGUUUGUUUUUGGUGUAUUUUUUAAUAGUUUUGUAUGUUACUGAUGGAUCCUCAUGUGCACAGGAGGCAAAUAAACGCCAACAUGUUGCAUCAACAUUCCGAUGCUUUCUGUUGUAUACAAGAAUGAUCAACGUCAGCUCAAGUCACCCAGAAAGAAAAGGUGUUGGCUCAACUUCGUCUUGUGAGGAAAGUUUACGGCAGGGGUGUCCAAAGUGGGCCAUUUGCCGCCCGCGGCUAAUUCAUAGUGGCCCACAGCACAUUCUAAAAAUAUAAAAACAACAGCAAAAAUGGCAGUAAUUUUUCAAGAAUAAAGUCGAAAUAUUAAGAGAAAAAGGUGUAA